UUACUGCUGGUGAUUUUCUCGCGCCGUUUUCGCGUCGUAGUCAGUCGUGCGACGUACACGAACCGGCUGUGCUAUGUUCACGCCUCGGCUGGCCCUGUCGCGCCGCUGGUGCGUGUUGCUGUGGCUCGAGUAUCCCUACGGUAUGUAAAAAAUCCCCCCCCGCCAUACUUGCCGAUAACCAAACACUGCCAGUUUAUUUUGACGCCGCCGGGGCCACGCAACCCAUAAGGUUACGCUUAAAAACGUCCGGAGACGGUACGUGGCCCACUAUAGCAGGUACGCCUGUGCCGCUGUCGCAAUGUGCAUUUAGUGCACCGCACAGCCUAAGGCAUUGGCCGGGAAUGCGACCUACAAAGGUCGUACACCUGCGUCUUUUGCAGUAAGGCAUGACUUAUUACAAGUAAACGUUUCAAUUGGUCACUAUUUGCCCUCAUGAUGAACCGCAUGAUGGUUGUUGCUUUCAUGGCCGGAGGGAUCAUGUUAUUGCUCAUUCAGAGGAUGCUUACGGAAACGGCGCCGCAUCGGCUGCGUUCCAACCUCGCGCAAUCUUCCCAGGUUGAUCCCCCUCGGUUUCGCCCUUCCCGGGUUGAGCCCUCUCGGUUUCGAGCUCAGCCCGAGGCGACCACCGCGGUCCCGGUGUCGGCGCCAAGGCAGUGCGUGCAGCUUGGCACGAGCCUCCUGGUCGAGUACGCAGACGCUGUCGGCGACGCGGCCACGGCCCCGGCAGUGUCGCGGGCCUGGCCCGCGAGCACGCCCAAGCUGAUGGUCGGCGAGGAUUACGACCCACCAUUCCGAGUCAAGUGUAAAGGGGACCGCGCUUGCGUGGUGGCGGUGGAGACCUGCCGAAGGCGGGCGGGCUGCACCGGUGCGGUACUUAAUGCGAAGCAAACUGUCGCCACGCUGAAAUUGGAGCCAAAAUGGGCGCGUGAUCCGCCGUCCCCGCCAUCCUGGUGGCGACGAAAGGCGUGCGUGCUCCUACGCAUGCGAGCGUUCGGCGACCGCCAAAAUCUCGCGAGGAGAUGGCGCGAGGAAAGGUGCGACCACUAUAUCGGUGGCGAUCUCGUCCCCGCGGCCCCGCCACCCCUCGUCGCAGCCGCGCGGACCGCACUCGGCACCGACGAACUGCCGGUGAUUGUCGAUGUCGGGGUGCACAACGGCGACGACUCAGCUGCGUACCUUCGUCACGGCUUUGCCGUCGUCGGACUGGAGGCGAACGCGGGCUUAUUAGCGUUCGCGCGGACCCAUCCGGUCGUCAGGUGGGCCACGGCGCUCGGUCGCGUCGAUCUGCGCCAUGUCGCGGUCGCUAAGCCCGGUGGCCCGUCGAGAGUCACGUUCGCUAUCAAUAAGAAGAACCCCGAAAUGUCUUCGUCGACGCUCACCUGUGCGCAGCAGGCCAGGAAAGGCAAUCCGUGCGAAAACGUCGUCGUCGAAACUACUACCUGCGCCAAGGUCAUCAACGAACUCUGUGGUCGUGUGUACUACAUGAAGGUGGACAUUGAGGGCUUCGACGACGUGUGCUUGAACGCGCUAGCUGCCGUGGACCCAGCCCACCGGCCGCUCUAUGUAUCGUCCGAGGACCAGUCUGUUUUGUCGAAGCUCGUCGAGCUUGGAUACUCCGGCUUCAAGCUGGUACCGCAUUUGAUGUGGUCGGUGACAGAUGACGAGCAUUUGCCCGAAAUGUCGCGAGGUUGGGCGUUCGCUGGGAGCCAGGCUGAGCUUCGGGACACCCCGCGCACGACUCGAUGGCGCGGCGCCAGCGACCUCAGGGGAGAUUUCCGUUUCGGCAAGGCUGCGCGCGAGGUCGGUGAUCAGAAUGACCUUUACGCCUGUCGCAAAGGCGCCUGCGGGGAGGUGCCAAGUGUAAGUUUAACCCCCAGC